AGCGGCCGUUCUCGUAGUUUGAAAUGCAUUGGACUAUGUUUUUUUGAAGAGGAAGCAAGUUUAUACAAGUAUAAUAACGAAUGCAUUGAUUGGGGUUUUAUCUUUGCCAUUGUGUAUUACUGUUUUACGAGGAUACAGUUAACGUUCCUUUAAAUACUGCGGUCCUCGACACAGUAGGAUCUGUGACAUGGCGUCCCAAAAUAGCGCUGAUUUUAUUCCACUGUCCGAGGAGCAGUUUGACUUUGACGUUUUGCUUUCUGCUUCAAGUGGUGAGGAAGAUGAGGUAUUCCUGGAUCCGGUCAAACACAAGGAGAAAUGCAUCUCUGUUGGGAUUGAAACACGCACACAAAAGGACACCAGCAGUGGACAUUCACUGGGAGAGGAGCCAAGCUGGAGCCCGCUGGCAGAGAAUAAUUUCAUAGAGAUCUCGAAGGAGGCCCAUCUGCUAGCCCAGCAAAUUGAGACGAGUAGUUUGGUCAGGCUGGCGGUGGAGGAUGAUGCCUCUAAAACUGCUGACGGCAAACAAUUGGUAAAAGAAAUGUUUGUGGAAGACUCCAGAGAGAAACUUGGCCUGUUUGGCAAGGCAGAUCCCGCACUCAGUCCUAUCAAACGAGACACCUUCUGCGUCCAGGAUAGUCCCAUGAAACAGCUUCCCCCAGCCAUUCAGCAUCGCCUCCUGAAGGCAGGAAGAACUGCUAGCCUUACUGGGACAUCUGUCAGCACCUCCAGCCCGGUGAAAAUGUGCAAAGUCCAGCCCAGGAGCACUCUGAGAAUGAAAGCAGCCUUACCUCAGACUGGGGUGCUUCCCAGCAAACUGGCAGCUCCAGGAAAAACUCGGAUAUCUAUGAAAACAAAACCUCCACCUUCAGACAAGAACAGACUUGCACCCCUGCAGAAGGCUAAGCUGGGACUGCAGCGGAGCCCCCGUGGCCGAAGCCUUAGUGCGGCCAGCUCCUCUGAGGAUCUGCUGUCUGACACUGCCAGCGUAGCCUCUGAUGUCAGCGACUGCUCUAUCAACAUUGGCAAGCCGGCAAAAAGGAGCUUUCCAGCUCUGAGGAAGUCUGGACACCAGAGACAAGUUCCUAUGAAGGCUCAAGCGCUGUACGGCAAGAUUGAAGAUGGCAGGAAGACCUCGUCAUCCUCCUCCUCAGUCUCCAGUUUGAAUUCCAGUCUAUCUGCCUCUCCCAUGGGCAAAGGCAAGCUCAACACAUCCUUAAACUUGAGUGUGAAUGGCACACGGACGCGAGUGCCUUCAGGUGUCAGCAGACUGCUGAGCUCUGGGGUCCUGGGCAACAGCCAUACUUCACCCGUUGUGGCCAGGAAGCCUGUGGAGCUGCAGCCCCGACAGACCAAGGCUACCCCUGUAAAGAAACUGGAGAGCAGCCCUCAGCACCCGAUGUCCAGGCGCAUCUCAGAGAGGUCCGCCUCGCUUCCCAGCAUCCCCGGUGCCUCCACCCGGACCAGCAGUGCUGUGAAAGUCAACCCCAAACCUAAAUGUGUCGUUCCCCCAACUCCAACAGGUCAGUUCAAAGGACCACAGAUGUCAGAAGUUACAUGCCCUGAUCCAUCAAAAACUGUGAAGCCAAGAAAGUUGAUGUCGGCUUGCAGUCUUGAAAGCCUUAAUCAGAAUCCAGGUGCUCUGGAAGUGCCUCAGACUCCUGGAGGACUGGGGUCUGCACAGUCCAAGUUGAGGCGAGUCUCUGCGCUGCCCACUCCAGUGAGUCGGCGACUCUCAGGGAUCCCUAUGCUGACCCCCAAAAGCCUGACACGGCCUGGCAGGCUCAGCCAGGCCAGCGAGAAAGAGAAGCUUCCAACCUCUGCGGGGAAGGUCAACCGGGAGAGCCCAGUGCCACAGAUGACCCAGAGGAUGAGUUCCCAGGAGCCAGAGUGUCUUCCCAGCAAAGACACCUCUGACUCGGCCCAGCUGCAGCCCUAUUCCCUGUCCUUCUCCCUGGAGGAUGAAACCCCGGGCGCUGUGGCCGCCCCAAACUCCCCAGCAUGCACUUCUAAGCUGACGGCGGAGUGUCCCGCCGAGCUCAGUCCACAGGACGCAGACCCCGCCAGCCCAGAGGGGAGCGGAGAGGUGCCUCAGGGUGAUGCUGAAAAGACGCCUGAAAACGAGGUUUUGCUUGUGGAUGCUCCAGCCCCUGGGUUGAAAAUGGAAGAACGGCUUCUUAUUGACCUCUCAAACACCCCAGACCUUAUUAAAACUGCUCAGAUUAAGCCCCCUAGUGGACAGUUAAUCGAUCUGAGUUCUCCGUUAAUAACCUGGAGUCCAGUGGAUAAGAAGGAGAAUGUGAUGGACAACGCUCCUCUGAUCAACCUGUCAUUUUAAUCUAUGUGUCUGUGAUAUUUCUGUUUCGAUAAUAAAAUAAAUGAAAGAUACUGUAACAACAAUGUGUUAAAGAAAUUCUGAAGGCUAGAAGAUUUCCAUGAGAACAUGUAGUAGUAGUGGGAUCUUAAUUAUGUGUAAUUUUGAAUGAUGAGCUCACAGAUGGAAUGUGUUUAAAUCCAUUUUCAUGUCUGUGAUGUUGCAUAGGUGUACUGUAUAAGUUCCCUAGAUUUUUGUUUUCUCUUAAAUUAGUUAUUUACAAAUAAAUGCUGAUUAAGUUAAAAA